CCCGGCGGCGCCAUGGGCACGGUGUGCCAGGGGCCCCCGCCCGCCCCCAGCGCGCCUCCCUGCUGGGACUACGCUCACUCUGCUUGUGCUCCAGAAUACGUUGUCAGCCCGGAAUACCUGGAGAGAGAAGCCCCGCAAGUGUACCCUGGGUGUUCUGGGGUGUAUCCUUACCGCCCAUAUCCCAUAGGAUUUGCCAGCAAUGAGUCAGGCUGUAGGCAAGCACCAUCGCCUCCAGGGGUAUCACUUCAGAGAGGUUUUGGACACUUUCCUAGCAACUAUGGGCCAGGGAAUGCAGCUCCUGUCCCAGUUCCAGAUGGAGGUGGAGAUUUCCAUCAAGGAUACUGCACUGUGCCUCAGUUCAUCCCACCAAGUUUUCUGACAGGGAUUCAUUACAUUCCACCUCCUGUUGCACCGAACAUCUUGGCUGAAGCAGCCAAGGAAGCACGUGCUAUUGAAGUUGACAGUGAGGACCCAAGGGUGGUUUGUGAACCUGCCCAACCACCUUCUUCCACAGAAGAAACAAGCAGGAACCAACCAAUACAUUCCAAACAAUAA